GGGGGAUAGGCGUCACUUUUUCCUACUAUUAAGGUGCGCAUUUCUCCAACGCAAAAAACUGAACAAAAACCCGUCGGCAAACCAGCCCGAAAGUUACAAAGGUAAGCGGGCCCGCCCUUUUGUAUUUUUUUGGUCCUUUCUUCUUUUUGAAACACGUGUAUCGUGAGGGAAGGGAACGUACAAGCUUACGCUUAUCCUUCUGUCAUUCUCUUUGUUUAAUAAUGAUAAGCAUACCCAAUGAGCAGCAACAACAACGAGGCCGCGAACUCUUCCGGUCAGUCUAAUGGUCCCGAUAACAAAGCAACAACAGCAACACCACCAGCACUGGCACCAGCAUCGACAGGACCAGCAGCAGAUGAAGAAGUCAUUACGCAGCUUACGCUAGCUGGUCUCAAAGUCAUCAUGUUAAGAAAAGGCGAUCAGAUCAUAUAUAAACUGCCGGACGACAUGAACUUGGCAGCCGUUAGCCAGCAACAACGCGAUCAACUCAUGCAGGAAAUACAAAAAUUGCACGCGGCAACCAUGGCAGCAGCCGCAAGAAACAGUAAUAGCAAUGAAAAUGCUGUGGCGGCAGCAGCGGCAGCAGCAACAGCAAAGACGAUUGCGCCGAAACACAAUGGUAUUGCAGCAUCGUUGCCGUUGACUGCGUUGACUGGACCAGGUCCUGGUGGCAGCAGUGAGAACAACGGACAGUCUGCAGCAGCUGAAGCAGAGGCAUUAAAGGAGACGGCAAGAAAGUUACGGGAGGAAUAUGAGAUGGAACAACAGCGGCAACAACAACACAGCUUUCAGCAACAGUUACAGCUCCAGCCACAUGAUCAAUUUAAUCGGUUGAUGAAUCCAGAAGUGAAGACGACGCGGAAAUAUGUAAAGACUGGCAAGUAUUCCAAGAAGCGACAGCAGCAGCAACCAUCACCACAGCAACACCAGUUUUUACAGCAAUUACAGCAACACAUCCCGCCACACUCCCAGCAACAAUUUCCCGCAGAGCAGCAGCAACAGCAGCAGCAGCAGCCACCGACAAGAGUGGCCAAUGUUCAAGGACAACACUCAUCACAGCAAAUGCCACUGCCACCUCCUCCUAUGUUGAGUCCACACCAAUUGCUCGCUUUACAACAGCAGUUCUCACAAGGUGCUGGUGGUACCGAUUCGAAUGCUGGUGGUGGUGGUGAUGCUCCUGGUGGAGCAAAUAAACCACCAAUUCCACCCUUACCGAAAUCGUUCCUUACGAAAAGACUUCCAGAAGAAGAGGCACAUCAUCAAGAGGUGAAGCGAAGAAUCCUUGAAUCGAUGAAAACCGAUCGGGAUACUGUACUUAACCCUGACUAUGAGACGCCAUUCAAAUCAAAGGAGGAUGUUAUGAAACGGCUACUUCCAUACCAUAUUUUCCAGUAUCCGAAAGCAGAUUUGGAAAUAAAUAAGAUACCAUUAGAUCGUCAAGACCAUGCAACCAUGGAUAUUUUCAAAUCACAAGCUGAACUGUUUGACAAGUUCUCUAAAGUAUCUACUAAAAUGGCAGAGGGCGGUGGAUCAAAACAAUUACGGAUAUUACUUGAACGUCAAUUAUUAGCGGAUCAAAGACAGCGACUGACGGAGGAACAAGCGCGAGUAGCAGCGGAACAGGCAGCGCUUCAGCAGCAAGAGAUGUUCCGAGUUCAAGCAGAACAAGCACGGCUUGCAGCAGCGCAACAGGCGGCAGCAGCAGACUCUCAACGCCAAAAUUCAUUAUCUCCAACAACACCAGCAGCAGCGACCAACUAUGCCAACGCAGCCACCGCACUCUUACAAAACCCACAAUUCCAAAGUCAAUACAAUCAAUUACCGCCCGAGAUGCAGCAAUUACUGCGAAACAAAGAGCAAUUGGCCGCGUUGCUCGAACAACACAGUAAAGAUAACAAGCUGUUUGCACUUGCCCCGUCAUCUUCUUCAUCUUCAUCCUCGCCCUCGAAAUAGUAUAUAAGUGCAUACUACACAUACAAUCUCAAUAGACAAAAUGUUUCAACCGCAUACAUUCAAAUUCCUACCACUUUUGAGCUUACAAAAAAUGGUUUAAAUAGCAGC